AUGCUACCGAUCAAUCGUCUCCGGGUACGCAAAGCUUGCAUCACUUGCAAGAGACGUAAAAUAAAAUGCGAUGGUCAAAAUCCUUGUCAAAAUUGCAUCAAACACAACAUUCACUGUUCAUAUCAGCUAGAUACACCCAAACUGGUGGCGAGGAAUGACUCAAUAUCAGAUGCAAGUUACCAAUCCGUUCCCUCACUAUCCUCGCCUUGGCAGUGCUUCUCGCCUCACAAGUAUCGUUUCCAUCGUCGACAUCAAAACCUCCUGCCGUUCUACUUGGGUAACGUAUUGAUGCGCUCAUUGCCACAAUCCGUGAUCGAUGAGCAUUCCUUGAGGCCGCCCCGCUUACAGUUUUACGGCUGGAACAUGUCUGGAGGUCAUUAUUUGAAGCAACGUCAAACAACAACUUCCAAGGGUACCAUCUGUUGGCAAUGGGACUUUAGCGAUCCCAUUCAGCAGAAUUUGGUCGAAAAACUUGUUCAAUUUUAUUUCAAAAACGUCAAUCGUUUCUUGUCCAUCGUUCACGAGCAAGCGUUUUGGCAGCAGUUUAAAGCUGGGUUUGUAAAUCGAGAUCCACAAGGCUCUAGCGAUUUAUUUGAGGCUAUCCUGAAUCUGAUUGUUGCUAUCGCUUUGCGAUUUAGUUACAGCAAGGUCACCGACCCACUUAACAGCACACCAGAGUCUCCCGCAACAUUUUCUACUAAUGAAUGCUUAUCCAAGGAUGAAGCCAAUUGGAUUGAAGCGCACUCAAAUCUGGAAGAAACUCUUUUCGAUUACGCUUAUACGGUUACAACACAGAUGUCUUUCGAAUGGGAAUCCUUCGAAUUAAUUCAAUCCUGGCUCUUGAUGGCAUUUUACUUGCGGACCUGCCAUCGUCAAGUUUCAUGUUGGCAGGCUCUUAGCCGGGCAGUUCAGAUGUGUAACGGGAUGUCUUUAUUUUUGAAUAAAUUUCCCGAAAAUCACAAUGCUUACGAUGAAUGUAGAGCUAGAAAUUGUUACUGGGCUUGCUUCACGUUAGAUAGGUUAAUCGGGUUUCAAAUGGGCCGCAUUCCAGAGCUCGCACCACCAGGCCCUCAAAUGCUGCCUCCGGAUGUGGCCACUGAUAGUUGGCUAAGUUCGGAAACUAUUGUCUUGUACAAGCUCGCACUCAUCAUCACCGAUUGUCAAAAGCGUUAUGGUGAAGAGCUCUCUAUACAGGAGUAUCAAGCCGUUAAAAGUCGUCUUAUUGAAUGGUACAAUGAAGUUGGCCCUACUUUGAUUGAUGUGGACUUAUGCACAAGGCAAGUCAUAUUAACUUAUUUGGACGUUAGGAUAGCUUUGGAAAUCCGGAGUCUAUUUCCGUUUCUAGAUGCAAACGAGAAUUAUUCUCAAAUUCAUAGAGUAGAUCUGGGUGCGCUACCAAUUGACGCCCCCACGCUUUUAGACCUUGUUGAACAAAUAUUGAAUACUUUUCGUGGAAUCGUGGAAUCCGGCUUAUUCUUUCGGCCUUGGUGGUUAAAUUUGUCACUCUUAUUCAUAUCUAGCAUUAUUUGUUUGAUACUAAUUCAGAGUGGUAUUCAGGUGUUAAGGGCACAAUCUUUGCUCAAAAAAAGCUUCGAUAUUUGGCAAUACAUUGAGAAUUCUACGGCACCGAAUCCACCAGGAAUGGUAACAGAAUGUUUGUGGUGCUUGAAAAUGUUGAACCAUAUGUUCUGUCAGCGACUAAAACAAUCUGCGAAAGAAUUAGAGAACACUGUAGGCCUUGAUCAUGCGAAUGACUCCGUGAACAACAACAAAUUUCGCCAAUUUGGUAAAGUGGAGAAAGUGGAGAAAGUGGAUAAAGUGGAUAAAGAGACUAUCAGAGAAGAGACAUUUAAUUUUGGCAUAGGUGAUGCAAGCAGCCCUUCGGUCGACAGCAACAGCGAAGAUCUGUUUGCGCAUCUUCAGUGGUUUGAUCAAUGGCUGGAUGUGAAUAAUCUAGAUACCAUGUUGUAA